AUGAGGGACAUCAAAGUUCUUAAAGAAUUGAUGGAAAAUAUUGUAGAUUCGGAGACACGCCAAAAGAUGUCUUGCAAACCUUUUAAGCCUUGUUAUUUAGAUGCUAUCAUAUCAAAACUUGCACCAAAAUUUUAUAGCAAAGAAGAGAUGGCUCAAGUUAUGGAGUUCCACAAACUGCACCCAAGGAUUAAAUCAAGAUCAAGGACAAUGAAUUCUAAGAGGACAAUCACAAAACGACACAGACAAGUUGAAGAAAUGCUUGAAGACGAAAGAGUUACUAAAAAACCAAAAGUUAUAAUCACGUCAAAGAACAAAGCAUCACCGGAUUUGCCUGCAAAAUUCAAAAGUCGAAUUACUCAAUUGAAUGGACAUGAUAUUAAAUUUAUCAUGCACAAGAGACUCUUCCUCUCAGAUUUGAGGACAAAUAACAACCGUUUGUCAAUGCCGCUAAAAGAAAUUAUGAGUGAUUUUCUUACAGAAGAUGAGAAGUCAAAAUUGGAUGAAAAAGAAGGCACUAGCGGAAGAUGUCAUGGUGUGGAAGUGAUUGUCUUGGACCCAUGUCUUAGAGAAUUUACUUUGUUAUUGAAGAAAUGGAAGAUGCAGACAACUAGCAUUUACAAUCUAGUAAAAGAUUGGAACAAAAUUGUGUCCGCUAAUGAAUUUGUAAAAGACCAUAAACUGCAAAUGUGGUCUUUCAGGGACAUGAGGAAAGUACGCAGUUACUACGCUUCGGUGCCAAUUCUCAAUCCACCUCGAAAAGCGUUCCCAGAGAGUAGUGAGAGGUUGGCCAAAGCGCAGUGA